UUGGAGGUGAAAUUUUAAUUCGUCGGUUUAAUUAAUUGUUCUAAUUAAUUUAAUUUCCUUUUAGAUUAAAUUUAAUUUCCAACACGUUGAGCCAAGUGUUGUAAUGUUAAUUGUUUCUGUCUGGUUGAUUUAAGUGAUUAGAUUAAUCCUACAAACAUUUUUUUCUUUAGUUAUGAUUAGAAAACAAUCUAAUUGUAUCACAAAUAUUGUCAAAAGAUUUGGAACUAUUAAUGGUUUAACUCGACCUUCCAGUGACUAUUAUGAUCUCAAGUGGUUUACUUUGGCCUCGGUUAAUCAAGACACUUCUCGGCUUCUUGAUUCAAGGAUUUUGCCCCGUCCAUUGAUUAGUAAAUUAUUUUCUGAUUUAAGGGAGAUUAAAUGUUGGCAGUGUGGAGAUAAAAUUGUUAAUCGUAGUCUAUCAAUCAGCUGUUCCAAUUGCUUAGCUCCACAAUUAGGUGACCAAAGGAUUAAUUAUUUUACAAUAUUUGAUCAAUUUGUCACAUAUGAUGUUGAUAUUUCUCAAAUUAGAAAGAAAUACUUAAAUCUCCAGUGGAUUCUUCACCCUGACAAAUUUACCAAUCGUCCUGAAAAAGAUCAACAAAUUUCAAUGGAUCUAUCAACUUAUGUCAACAAAGCUUAUAGAGUUUUAAUUAACCCCUACGAGAGAGGAAUCUACUUGUUACAAUUAAAAGGAAAUCACCGAGAAGAAAUUGAUGGUAAUUAUAUCAUGGAUCCAGAAUUUCUUGAAGAAAUGUUAACAAUCAACGAAGCAGUUAUUGAAUCAGAGAUCCAAGACCUACAGAAAAUAAGAGCUGAUGUAGAAAAAAAAGUGAACACAUUGGUGAACAAUGUAUCAAAAGGAUUCCAAUCGAAUACCCUGAAAGAAGUUGAAUUAUCACUGAACAAAUUAAAAUUCUACGUCAACAUAUUAGAUAAAAUAACCGAAAAAGAAUAAGAAAAAAAAGGAAAGAAAAUCAAAAAAUCACCAAAACAUGAAAUCAUUAGAGAAGAAGAAAAAAAAGUGAGACCAUUGAAAGAGUUGGACACCAUCAAAAAGCAAACGAAGCAUUUAUGAGGAUUAUCAACAUCGGAACGGAUUAAAGAUAAACUAUUACCUUCGAUAAAAUUACAAUUAAACCAAAAAUAGAAGGCACAAUCUUCAUAUGCCCUAGGAACACUUUUCGAACGACAAUUAAAUUUAAUUCUAACAUCA